AUCCAAACAUCACCACCUACAUUUGACAUACACCAAACAACGCACCUCCACCAACUCCCAACACACGCAGAGACACCCAAAAUCAAGAGCACAAAAGAAAUUAUCAAGAAGAUACUUAUAAAAAUGUCCUCCCCACCCGACUCCCACAACCACACCCCCCUUCACGACCAAGACCCCUCCCCCUCCUCCGCGCCAGAUGAAACCCCCAACAACCCUCUCCUUCGCACCACAAACCCGCUCGUCAGCUCCCUGGAACAAGAAGUCUUAGAUGAGUAUACUCGGCUAUUAGGGAAUGUGAAUAAGUUAUCAACCAAACUCUCCACACUCGCCGAAUCCCCCACGACCCUCACACUGGACGGCCUCCGCGGCCUAGAACGUCAAACCGCCACCGUCUGUACCCUGCUCAAGGCGAGCGUGUAUAGUAUUGUUCUCCAACAGCAGAUUUUUAAUGAGAGUGAGGAGCAACAACAGAUGCAGAUGCAGCAGCAGGAGAUGGAGGGGGAUGGGGAUGGGUAUUCGGGGAUGAUGGGGCAGGGGGGUGAAGGAGGGGAGUAUGGGUAUGGGGAUGGGGGGUAUGGAGGGGUUUAUGGUUAUGGGAUAUGGUGA